AUGCGUGUCACGGUCGCGGUCAGGCAAAUAUGCCCCCAUCGUCUAGCGGUUUAGGAUAUCUCUCUUUCAAGGAGGCAGCAGGGAUUCGACUUCCCCUGGGGGUAGGGUACUACGAAAGGAAGUUGAUCAUGGAUUAUCAAUAAACCUAGAAUUGAUUCUUCCUGGGUCGAUGCCCGAGCGGUUAAUGGGGACAGACUGUAAAUUUGUUGGCAAUAUGUCUACGCUGGUUCAAAUCCAGCUCGACCCAAUAAUUCGCUGAUCCGCCAUAACAUAAAAUGCCCAUUUUUUUGUAUUUUCUUUUCCAGAAAAGCCAAACAAAAAAAAUUAGGGAAGAAUAAAAAAGUCUAAUUUUCUGAUAUAUGCAUCCCUACCGCUAUUUGUUUUUUAUUUGUUCUAUUUAUUUAGUUGUUCCCAUAAAUUCUGACCUUGAUAACGCUCUAGAUUCAUAUCAGUAUCAUUAAAUAGAAAGUUUAAUGAAAAGAAAGAGUAAAGUAAACAAAAAAGACUCUUUUUUUCAUUUUUAAAUUGAUCGAUUUAUUUGGCAAUAACGAAAGGAUUACUAGUUACUAGUAAUCCGCGUUGCUC